UAGCCAAAGCGCGGGAACGGUAAAAGUACGGGGUCGCGGAGACUCUUUGCGUUCCUGGAGCUACACAAAGCGUGGUGACGUCCGAUACUACCCUUGUGAAACCCAAACUCUUUUAAGAGGCACUCCGUGUUGCAAACAGACUAAAGAAGUAGAAGACAGCGAAAGAUGAAGGUAUUUCAGAGCCUUUGCAUGCAGCUCAGGAGUUCCAAGGGGGGUUCCGUGGAAGCAGCCCACCGCGCUGCUUUCUCCACUUCCUCUUAUUCCUGUGGCCCAAGGAAGAAAAACCCUUACGAAGAAGUGGACCAAGCCAGAUACUCCCGGGUAGUAAGGUCGGUCUUGGCAUGCCGAGAUCCGGUCCAGACCCCAGAAUCGCUGCUGGAGGAAGAUGAUUUACUCUUUGGACCUGUGAGUAAAGGCAAGCCCCCUCAGCAGGAUGAGGCCAGAGUUCCCCGGAACUGGUUUCCUAUCUUCAAUCCAGAGCAGAGUCUAAAACCAUGCACGGAGCCCGCAGCUCCUUUGAAAAUCCCUCUGCAAAGAAACUCGAUGCCAAGUGUGACUAGGAUCCUGCAGCGGACCAUGACUGCAGAACAGCUUUUCUACUUGGGGAGGUGGAAACAGCGAAUGAUU